UCUCAUGAGUGAGGGGCGGAUAUGUUUCACUUUCACUUUCACUUUCAGAUUUUGACAAAGCUAAGAGACAGGGAGAGUUAGAGCUUGAAGACGUUGCUCACGGUCUCAUGAGUGAGGGGCGGGUUUCCUUUUUUAAACCUAGCCAGACAGUAUUUAGUGGGGAUACCCUCAACACCUUCAGACCUAUUUGUGCUAUUAACGAGACGGUGACAGUGCUGAUUCCAGUGAAGAACCCUCUCCAAGUACCCCUCACCUUAUCUAACAUAUCUUUACUCUGUCUGCACUCCCCAAGGGACCCCAAUCAUCCUAUCAAACUAAUUAAAGCACCUUCAAGAGGCUCCUCACCUGACAUGUCCUACAAAAGCAAACUAAAGACUGCUUCUAAAGAUCAGGUUGAAACGUCUGAGCUAGCUCGGUUGGUACUAGGUCCUGAGGAGGAGGUUAUAAUAUCCCUGUCUGUUACCCCGCUAGUUGAAGGGAACUUGAGUAUAGCUAGCCUUGUUUAUCAUCUGGUAUCUACUAAAGCACUGGACAAGCAAGCUCCUGAUGGCACCAAAGAGAGUGUGAUGGAGAACAUGAUUCCAGGGAAGAUAAACCUGUGUCCGAGAGGACCCCGGUUAAACCAAACUAAGGAUCAGCGUGUUGGUCAGGUGUACGGUAUUGACAACAGACUCAAUAUGCUAGUGACGUCUCCACUCCCAAGACUUGAGCUGGAAACUUCCUCCCUUCCAACUCACCUGUUUUGUGGUGAGGUGAAGUGUGCAGUAAUAGAGGCCACCAACACCGGGGCUACUCCUCUCACUAAACUCUGUCUGGCUACUUCUCGUCCCUGCUCUCUCGGCGAGGUGCGACUGUCGCCGUUUCAACCUGUGGUUCACCCACGAGGCGGACAGUUUUGUCACGUGAUAGAUCCCUCGCAUCAUGCUCCUCGAGCUGCUGUAGUUAAUCUCCCUGACGGUCAACUCAACCCCGGUCAAACGGCUUACAUAGCUGUGUGGGUUUAUGGAGGGGAGGAGGCAGAGAAAUACGAUUUAGUUACUCUGUUAUACUACACUCCUUCCACAGAUAUUCCUGGUGUAACUCACCGGGCAGUGAGCACAGAAACGAAGGUCAACAUCAGUGUGAGCGUGACGGUAGAAUCACGAGUUUGUAACGUUACUCCGACGUCCCACAACAAAUUACAGCUGCUGGGUUCUGUUAUAGUUAACAAUGUGGGAUAUUAUUCGCUCAGUCUACAAGAUCUUCAUGUGACCCAGCUGAGUUUGGUGAGCAACCGUUGGAUCAUGAACAGCUUGGAGUCUAACAUUCCAUUAGUUGUGUAUCCAGGUGCAAGUAUCAACAUUCCGUUUAGAGCUGAACUUUCUCCCAAAGAAUCUGCUUACUUUUCUAGUGUCAGUUUGGGAGGUGGACCGCUAGUAGAUACCUCGGCUAAUCACGUGCUAGAUCUGUACAGGAGAUCACAGGCCUGCCUUGAGGCGAACAAAACCUCCGCAGACAGUCCAUCUCCCCACUAUAACAUGGGAAUGCUAGUGUUCUGGGAGGGCAGUGUCUCUGAGGAGGGCAACAAGUCUAGAAUACUCCAUGCUCAAAACCACACCGCUCUACAGGCUUCUCUCCUUCCACAGCCUCAACAGUUACUAAGUUUGGGUCUGAGUUACCAGGAAACUUGGUCAGCAGAUUUCAAGACGGCACCUCUGCUGCCGGUACCGGUAACACUGCACAUUACUAACUGUUACAACACCUCACUUACUGUUAUGGUUACUGCUAAUACCACUGCUGGCAGGCCGGCUCCACCAAAGGACACUCUCCCCUUCAUGUGGUCGGGUGUAGUCCGUCACAAGAUAGAGAUACCUGAUCACGUGACAAGAUCAGUAAACUUGACGGCUGUCUUCUCUACACCGGGAGUAUACAACAUUAACCAGUUGUCUGUGUGUGUUGCCAGGGAUACCGGCCCUCUUCCUCAACUUCUCGAUUCUACUUCUCUUCUUAGAGUGGACGCUCUUUGAUUCAAUUAGUUAAUUACUUAGUUUAUUAGUGGAUUAAUUGUUCGAAAUGAAAUUAUGUGAGUUUAUAUUGCCAAUAGUAAAUUUAUGGAUUUCAGCUUGAUUAAAGUUUAAACUUUUGAGUUAUUGUGUUUACUGCUGGCUCAGGGAAAUUCUCACCAAUAACCAUUUCUGUAUUGACUAUAUAAUCUCUACUAUAUAGUAGCAGUAUUAGAAGCAGAGUACUCUAGUAAUAUAAUCAUUAUUAUUUAGAAGCUAAUUCUGUAAAUGUCAGUUUUAAUAUUUUGUUGGACCUGGGAAAACUUUUAACGAUUUAAUGUGAUAAAUUAGAGACGAAAUUAAGAUUUGUAAAAUGUAUCACUAAUUGCUCCUGUGAUGUUGAACAACUUCA